CACCUCCUCCGCCGCUCCGGCCGCCCUCCCAUCCCGACCACCACCAUGCGCGAUCCGGGUCGCAACCUCCUCGCCCCCAUCCUCCUCCUCGUCAUCUCUCUCCACCCGCUCUCCCUCGCCGCCCGCCCCUUCUUCCUCAUCCUCUCCCAGGACGACCUGAAGGAGGCCUCCGCCGCCGCCCCCCCGGACGAGCUCGUCGACUCCGCCGACUGGGACGAGUUCGGCGACUCCGAGUCCCGCCCCGAGGAGGAGCUCGAUCCGGGCUCGUGGCGCCCGAUGUUCGAGCCCGACGGCGGCGAUCCCCUCCCCCCCGCCGCCGGCGGAUCCGCGCCGGAGGAGCUCUACUACUCCGGCGUGUCGAAGAUGAUGGCCGCCGCCAGCUCCGGCGAGGGGCGGCUGAUGGAGGAGGCCGUGUCGGAGUUCGAGGACGGCGCCGCCGCGGGCUACGCGCACGCGCAGUCGGCGCUAGGGUUCCUGUACGGGAUGGGGCAGAUGAGGGAUCGGAGCAAGGGCAAGGCGUUCUUGUACCACCAUUUCGCCGCCGAGGGAGGGAAUAUGCAGUCUAAGAUGGCGCUUGCUUACACCUACAUGCGUCAAGAUAUGUAUGAUAAAGCAGUCAAGCUGUAUGCCGAGUUAGCAGAGGUAGCUGUAAAUAGCUUUUUAAUCACGAAAGAGUCUCCUGUUAUAGAACCAGUUAGGAUUCACAACGGAGCUGAGGAGAAUAAAGAAGCUCUGAGAAAGUCUCGAGGUGAGGACGACGAGGACUUCCAGAUAUUGGAGUACCAGGCGCAGAAGGGGAAUGCGAUCGCAAUGUACAAAGUGGGGCUGUUCUAUUAUUUUGGCCUGAGAGGAUUGAGGCGAGACCAUAAGAAAGCAUUGUUUUGGUUUCUAAAGGCUGUGGAGAAGGGCGAGCCAAGGUCAAUGGAACUCCUUGGGGAGAUAUAUGCUAGGGGAGCUGGAGUUGAGAGGAACUAUACAAAGGCUUUUGAGUGGCUAAAGCUUGCCUCCCGGCAGCAGCUUUACUCGGCUUAUAAUGGAAUGGGCUAUCUAUACGUCAAAGGUUACGGAGUGGAAAAGAAGAACUACACUAAGGCAAAGGAGUACUUUGAGAGGGCUGCUGAAAAUGAUGAGGCUGGUGGGCACUAUAACCUGGGGGUAAUGUAUCUUAAAGGCAUUGGGGUGACAAGAGACGUGAUGGUAGCGUGCAAAUACUUCAUAUCGGCUGCCAAUGCAGGCCAACCAAAGGCAUUCUACCAGCUAGCAAAAAUGUUCCAUACAGGUGUAGGGCUCAAGAAAAAUCUUCCCAUGGCUACUACAUUGUAUAAGCUAGUUGCAGAGAGGGGACCAUGGGGAUCUUUGUCAAGAUGGGCCCUUGAAUCAUAUUUAAAGGGUGAUGUGGGCAAGGCGUUCCUCUUGUACUCAAGGAUGGCUGAGUUGGGCUAUGAGGUGGCACAAAGUAAUGCUGCAUGGAUUCUUGACAAGUAUGGUGAGCGCAGCAUGUGCAUGGGGGAAGCAGGAUUCUGCACAGAUGCAGAACGACACCAACGAUCACAUUAUUUAUGGUGGCAAGCUUCUGAGCAAGGAAACGAGCAUGCUGCUUUGCUGAUCGGAGAUGCAUACUAUUAUGGACGGGGUACCGAAAGAGAUUACGAACGUGCAGCAGAGGCUUACAUGCAUGCGAAAUCCCAAUCUAAUACACAAGCCAUGUUCAAUCUUGGUUACAUGCAUGAACAUGGCCAGGGUCUUCCUUUUGAUCUUCAUUUAGCAAAACGCUAUUAUGAUCAAGCCCUUGAGAAUGAUCCCGCUGCAAAACUGCCUGUUACUCUGGCCCUCGCAAGCUUAUGGAUACGGAAGAAUUAUGCUGACAGCUUCCUGGUCAAUUUUAUUGAUUCACUGCCUGAGGCUUAUCCGAAGGUGGAAGAAUGGGUAGAUAAUGUGAUUUUGGAAGAAGGAAACGCCACAAUACUCACGCUCUUUGUCUGUCUCCUUACGGUCUUGUAUCUCCGCGAGCGGCAGCGCAGGCAUGCCGCUGCAGCCGUUGGCGUGGUUGGAGGGCAACAGCAACCGAUCGAACCUGUGGUGCCUGGACUCAAUUAACUGCCCGUCGUCGUCGCGUCCAUUUCCUGUUUCCAUGAGGUUCACAUUAACUCUCGAGGGGGCAACAUGUGGGGGUUUUUCAUGAUGUUUGUAUAGCUGAUUGUUUUCCUUUUUGUUCAUUUAAUGGCAGCAAUUUUUGUUUAAUGAACACUGUAACAUAGAGAGAGAGAGAGAGUAGGUAGGGAGAGGAAACUUACGAAAUAAGAGUUGUCUUGUUCUUCUUCAUGAUUGACACAAAUGUAUUUAUAGAGUAUUCUCACAGUGCCAAUUUCAGCAGUACAAGAUAGAAAAUGUCUUCCAGUUUCUGCCA